AUGGCUGGAUUUGAUGAUGUUGGAGUUUUUUUUUCCGAUAAUUUUGGUGCUGAUAAUAAUAACGAUAUUGAAAAUGAUCAUGAUCUUAAUCGUGCAUCAAUUAAAAAAAAAUUUAAAAUGUUUAUCAGAGAAUUUCAUAUUAAUAAUUUGUUUAUUUAUCGAGAAAUGUUACGACGAAAUUAUAAUAGUCGAAGAUAUUGGAUUGAUAUUGAAUUAAGACAUUUAAGUGAUUAUGAUGAUAAUCUUUGUGAUAAUCUUAAAAAAGUUCCAGCUGAACUUUUACCAUUAUUUGAAGAAGCAGCAAAAGAAGUUGCUGAUGAAAUAACUCGUCCACGUCCGGACGAUGAUCUUGAUAUGCAUGAUAUACAAAUUAUGUUAAUGAAUGAUGCACAUCCACUUCAUCUUCGACAUUUAAAAUCGGAAUAUGUAUCAAAAUUAAUUAAAACUGUCGGUAUUGUUAUUGCAGCAAGUAGCAUACGAACAAAAGCGUCACAUAUUGCUGUACAAUGUCGAUCAUGUCGAAAUGUUAUUUCAAAUAUUAAAGUUAAACCUGGUUUGGAAGGUUAUGCAAUGCCAAGAAAAUGUAAUAGCGUAACUCAACCUGGUCAACCAGCAUGUCCACUCGAUCCAUAUUUUGUUAUGCCUGAUAAAUGUCAAUGUAUUGAUUUUCAAAUACUUAAAUUACAAGAAGCACCUGAAUUCGUACCACACGGUGAAAUGCCUAAACAUAUUCAACUUUAUUGUGAUCGAAAUCUUGUUGAUCGUGCAAUGCCUGGAAACAAAAUAACACUUGUUGGUAUUUAUUGUAUUAAACGAACUGUUGCAAUGAAAAUGAAAGGACGAGAAAAAUCUAAUGUUGGUACUCGUCAACCGUAUGUUCGUGUUCUUGGUACUCGUAUUGAUACGGAUGGUGUUGGACGUUCAUCAGCUCAAACUUUAACAACAGCUGAAGAAGAAGAAUUUGUUCGAUUUUCUCAUACACCUGAUGUUUAUGAUAUAAUUGCAAAUAGUAUUGCACCAUCAAUUUACGGUGCACAAGAUGUAAAAAAAGCUGUUGCUUGUUUAUUAUUUGGUGGAUCAAGAAAACGUUUACCUGAUGGAUUAUUUCGUCGUGGUGAUGUUAAUGUUUUACUUGUUGGUGAUCCCGGUACAGCUAAAUCUCAAUUAUUAAAAUUUGCUGAAAAAGUCUCACCAACUGGUGUCUAUACCAGCGGAAAAGGCAGUAGUGCAGCUGGUCUUACAGCAAGUGUUAUUCGAGAUCCAAGCUCAAAAAAUUUUGUUAUCGAAGGUGGUGCAAUGGUAUUAGCUGAUGGUGGUGUCGUUUGUAUUGAUGAAUUUGAUAAAAUGCGUGAAGAUGAUCGUGUUGCUAUUCAUGAAGCAAUGGAACAACAAACAAUUUCAAUUGCUAAAGCUGGUAUAACAACAACAUUAAAUUCUCGAUGUAGUAUUUUAGCAGCAGCUAACUCAAUUUAUGGUCGCUGGGAUGAUUUAAAAGGCGAUGAUAAUUUAGAUUUCAUGCCAACCAUUCUUUCACGUUUUGAUAUGAUUUUUAUCAUUAAAGAUGAACAUGAUGAAAAACGUGAUACUACAUUAGCUAAACAUGUUAUGAAAAUUCAUAUGAAUACUUUAACUACAGAGGAUAAUGGUGGUGAUAUGAGUAUUCAAAAAUUAAAAAAAUAUAUCGCUUAUUGUCGAAGUAAAUGUGGUCCUCGUUUAUCGGAAACUGCUGGGGAAAAGUUACGAAAUCAAUAUGUUGUUAUGCGUAACGGAACGAGUAUUUAUGAACGAGAAGUUGGAAAGAAAACAGCAAUUCCAAUAACUGUUCGACAACUUGAAGCAUUAGUUCGUAUAUCUGAAAGUUUAGCUAAAAUGCGUUUAGCACCAUUUGCUAAUGAAACAGAUGUAGAUGAAGCACUUCGAUUAUUUCAUGUUUCAACUCUUUCAUCAGCCGGUUCAGGAAAUUUAGCUGGUAUUGAAGGUUUUACAACACGUGAAGAUCAAGAAGAAAUUUCACGUGUCGAAAAACAAAUUCGACGUCGAUUUGUCGUUGGUUCACAAGUAUCAGAACAUGCGAUUGUUCAAGAUUUUAUUCGACAAAAUUAUUCGGAACGUACUAUUUACAAAGUUCUUCAUGCAAUGGUACGUCGUGGUGAUGUUCAAUAUCGUAUGCAACGUAAAGUUCUUAUUCGUGUCAGAUAA